AUGAAUCAAUCAUCUUCGGAUGAGCCACAGCAGCCUGGGCCUCCGCGGAAUUCGACAAUGCAGCCAGGCGCCAGUACAAAGGCGUCCGCCGCACCACCGCAAGCCGUGACCGAUGGCGUUGAGCUGAAGGAUAUGCCAGCUGGUGGAGACGGAGGCAGACCGCUGCUGCCGGUUGAGGAGGACAUUAUGCAGCUUGCGCGAUUAGGGGAAAUUGGCGCUAUGCAGAAGCUGUUUGACACGAAAAAGUACAAUGCCAAGUACAAGGACGAGGAAGGCAUAACUCCGCUACACUGGGCCGCGAUAAACAAUCAAUAUGCCAUGUGUCGCUUUCUUCUCGACUCCGGAGCCGAUGUGAACGCAAAGGGAGGCGAAUCCGUGGCGACACCGGCCAUGUGGGCUGCGCAGCGAUGCCAUUACUACAUUGUAGACUUGAUGCUCCAACGCGGUGCCGAUCCGCUGUCGACCGAUGCUCAGGGUUACAACAUUCUGCACCUGGCCACUAUUGACGGGAAUGCGUUUUUGGUGAUUCUCCUCCUCCACCAGGGGAUCCCAGUUGACGUUGCCGAUCCCCAGGGUCAUACGGGCCUGAUGUGGGCAGCAUACAAGGGUUUGCCGGCUUGCGUGGAUCUGUUCUUGCGAUGGGGAGCUAAUGUCAAUGCCGUGGAUGAGGGUGGUCUCACCCCUUUGCACUGGGCUUUGGUGAAAGGAUCAUACUUGUGCGUUCAAAAGGUGCUCGAGUAUGGUGCCGACAGAACUGCAACAACCCGAGAUGGGAAAUCGCCAGGCACUGUGGCCAGCGAAAUGAGGUCAACUAGAGCCUGGCACCGAGCCUUGAAUGACUGUGGCUAUGACCCGAAUGGCAACUUGAAGACGCUUCCUAUGGGCAUGACCAUGCUCGUGCAUAGCAAGAGCCUGUUGACCAAGUUCUUCUUUCUCUGGCCAUUCAACAUCAUCUUUUGGGCAAUUUGGGUCAUUAGCGAAUUCGCCAUCUACAUCGGAGUACCGGUGGCAGCCGUGUUAAUAUUUGGCAUGCAAUAUUUGGCCCAACUGGUUGCUAAUCGGGGGCCAGGGGAGUUUCGAGUUUUGCAAAAAACACCAUUUCUCGCCGGUGUCUUUGCGGGUAGUUUGUUCUGGGUGGGAGUAACGUAUCUCCUUCGGGUUUUGCCAGCAACAUGGAGUUCAUACCCGAUCUCGAACGCCCUUUUCGCAGUAUCUUACUUGUUGACCACAUAUUUCUACAUCUUCUCGAUGGCGGGAGAUCCCGGAUAUAUCCCCAAGAUGGGUAGCAGGAAUCAACAGCGAGAAGUCAUCCGGGAACUGUUUGAUACUUGGAAAUUUAACGAAGAAAAUUUCUGCAUUCACUGUAUGGUUCGAAAACCUUUGCGAAGCAAGCACUGCCGUCGGUGUUCUCGAUGCGUUGCAAAACACGACCACCAUUGUCCUUGGAUUUUCAACUGUGUCGGAGCUAACAACUUGCGGCAUUUCGUCAUUUAUGUUGUAUGUCUGGAAAUCGGUAUAUUGACAUUCAUUCGUCUGGUGAUUUGUUAUAUCGAACUUCUUCCGGCGCCAGAGACACUGCAAUGUAAUAUAAUCAACGACAACCUCUGCAGUAUCAUCUCCAAGGAUAGUUUCACCCUGGUCCUCACCAUCUGGGCUGCGCUUCAGAUGAUCUGGGUUACGAUGCUCUGCGCUGUGCAAAUGGUUCAGAUUUCGCGGAACCAGACCACAUACGAGAAUAUGAGAGGCCACACGGUCGACAACUCGCACUCAGCUUCCCAGGCUAUCACAACUGCUCUUGUUGCCGGCACUCCGUCCCCUGCGGCUGCCGGGCUCACGGGGGCCGGACACGGACCACACCCUGGAGCCCGAGCAGGGCAUCAUCAUCGCGGCAAGGGAUUUUUCGGCCAGUGGAGAAAUCUGCUAGGACUGGACUCUUUCUUCGCCACUGCCCAGGGAAGUUCCGUCAGACAACGCAACCCCUUUUCGCGAGGCAUUGUCACCAACUGCCGAGAUUUCUGGCUCGAUUCGACGCCGUUUUUCAAGAAGCGCGAGCCUGGCUCGGCAAUGCUGGACGGCGCAGUGGUCAACUAUUACAGCAUGUAUGAACCGCCACGGCGACUACACGGCGGAAGUUCCGGCGGCGGUGGAGGUUAUAUGAGUGUCUCGGGCGACGAUCCUGAGCGCGGUGCCUGA